CCGGAAGAGUUCCAUCUCCACGCCUUCUACCUCACCAACCGCAGCGCCUUCUUCCGCGCCGCCAUCAACGGAAACUGGAAAGAGAGCGCCGAGCGCACCAUCAAGCUCCCCGCCGAAGAACCCCACGUCUUCCGACACUACCUCUCUCUGAUAUUCUUCAAUAAAUUGCCCAUCAAGCCCGAAGUCGACGCUGGCUUGUUGAUCGGCAACGCCAUGGACACCGUCUACCGCCGCCUCUUCAAUCUCUACAUCCUCUGCGACCGCCUGCAAGACAUCGCCGCUAAGAACGUCAUAAUAACUGCCUGCGUCGAGCAAGCCAACAGCAAACCCGGCAACGACGACUCCCACUUCUUCCCCGAGCCCGAGGAAAUUAACAUCAUCUAUGAGAACACGGCUGGCGACUGCGGAAUGCGGCGGAUGCUGGUUGAUAUGUGGGCAUACACUCGCUGUGGAGUG